ACCACACCGAAAGCUUCGCCUUCGAACUUCGAACCGCACGAUUCCCACACCUCUUGGAAAGAUCGGCCUCCUCUCUUCGUCCUUCGACACGCCCUCUGCCUGCUACAAUUGCCGAAUCCCUCGACCCUAUUCCCGACUCCCGAGAAUCUUAUAUUGGCCUUUAUAGGAGUGUGUGGCCAUUGAGGGAACAGUAGAGGCCCUGCCUAUUUGCUAUGAAUACAGACCAGCACAUAUAUGGAUACGCGGAUUGGCACUUACCAAGCCCGUCCUCGACCCCGACUACGGCUACCUUUCCCGAAGGGGCUCUCCAGACUCCCAAAGCCGAAGCCUUUCAAUCACAUUUUUUAGACGCUUUUGCUACUCCUCGAGUCAAUGGGCGCCGCACACCUGCACAAACACCGACAUAUGCUCAAUUGACGCCCAGACCUUCAAGCUCCAGAAGCUCGAAAGUGCCGUCACCAGACGACCCUCGAUUCCAUGUCAAUCAUUUCACCCCGAACACCCAUUUGCCGUUGCCUCCAGUAGAGCCCUCCCGGAGGCUUUCCUCGUCCCCUGUCCUAUCAGGCUUUAGGGGGAACCCUACCGGCUCACAUCGUAAGCCUUCGUCAAUACCGAACUCGACGACUGCCACCAUGGACAUGUCUCAAAUGCAGACACCGCCACCGACACGGGAUGCCUCAUCGAGGAGGAGGAUGGGAGCGGAAAUGGCAACCCCUUCUACAAUUGUGCAGCAAACGGUGUCGACGCCUGCUGCUGCAGGCCAACAGCAGGGUGGUGACUUCUAUACGCCUACCCCCUUCCAAUUUCCGAAUUUGCAAUUCUCUCCAGAUGUUGCACCCUUCCCAAAUUCAGGCCCCAUGUCUGCACCCGCGCUUCCACAUUCGCGAUUAUUCUGGGACCAGUCUAACGAUGGAAGCGGGAUGGAUGUGGAUAUGCCUUUUGCUUCUGACCCGUUCGGCCCCACGCCUCACAAGAUAGAUACCUCGGUCAAUUGGCAAGCUUUCAACUCGCCGACUCCUCAGAUGAACAUGCAAGCGUUCCAGGACUUGACGGGACUGCCAGCGAGUACUCAUGGCCCGACUUUUGCGUCGUUUGCAACCAGUGAUAACCAUGACAGCAAGCCUACGAAUUCGAGGCCAAACUCGUUCAUGUCGACUACUGCAGGCGUCGACCCAACGCUAAUAUUCAGCUUCUCAAGUCCGACUAAAAUAGCUCCCAGCGAAUCUUUCAACGGUCUGCCUCCGGAUACAAGUGCUGAUCACGAGAAUAGGCAGCCGUAUGAGCAUCAGGUGCGAGAGUCUCAUAGAGAAAAGGAGCUGGCCAGGAAGGCGAAGGGCCAACACUCACGAACUAAUACGUCUUCGUCCUCGGGGUCUAACCCAGCUGCUACCGGGCCUGGGCUACAGCGGAGCAAUACGGACAGCGGGUUUCGAAAGAGCAAGCCGUCACCCGUCGACUUGAGGCCCUCAGUGGGUAGUGGUGCCGGGUACCACAUACCUCGGAAAUCAUCACCACUCAAGCGACAAAGCCAAGGCUCUCUCACCUCUAUACCAGAGAAAAUAAGAGCACGGCCUCGGACUCGUCUAGUCAUUGAUGAAUCCGGCCAUGCGAGGACUGAAACGGAUCCUGUCGAGGAGGAAAUGGACACUCGUGAAGACCACCAACAGCCGUAUCCUGGUCUAUGGAAUGAGGACGAGGACACCGAGUCUGAUUCUGAUCACGUCGUUCUCAGUCGAAACACAUCCUUCAAUGUUCCUGCGACGUCACGCCGCGCUUCGAAACAUGCAAGGGCUGAUAGCACGCUAGACCGCUCUGACUCGUUCAAGGUGCCCAGGCCGACUUCAAUGGCUUUCGAAAAGACCCCGUUUGGGUUCUCUCGCUCUAACAGUAAUCUCAAUCAACAAACGAACAUCCAAAAGACAUCGAACAAUCCCUUCCGGAGGUACAGCAUGUCCAGCUUCGGGGGCUCAUUUGGCGAGACAAAAUCCGAGGAGCCACAGAUAUCCCCUCUCGAUAGUGUAGGCGACGCACAAGGCGCUCUGAAGCAAGUGGUGGAGGAUCGCCUAAAACGGAGUGAGCGCUCCGCUCAAGGCACCCUCCUCGCCCACAAUCAGCGCUGGGCCCAAGCCUCCGCUGAGCUCUCCAAACCCGGCAUCAGUCCCCAACUCUCCUACGACCCCUUUACCAGGAACUCCAACUCUUACCACUCCUCGCCCUCCACUAUCGCCGACCCGGACCUCAACACUCCCAGCACCGACCGUAGCACAGUCUCGAACGAGGGCAUUCGCUGCGUCUGCAAUUCGAUGGAGUACGAUGGCCAGCUGAUGGUGCAGUGCGAGUCGUGCAUUAAGUGGCUGCAUGUUCGCUGCUUAGGCCUAAAUCACCAGAACAUCCCGUCGACGUUCUUGUGUAUUUUCUGCACGGGCACAACGCCGGUUGCACGAGGGGGAAGAAUCAGAGAGCCGAUACGGUCGUUGGCGCCGCAGUUGGAGAGCCCAUUGGGACGUAAGAGUGCGUUUCGGAGGUGACCCCUUCCUCGCGCCCUCUGCUCUGCCAUUCAUGCUUCGCGCUUAAGCUACUUUGCCCAUCUACGCCAUCAUAUAAGCUAGCUUUUACUUCUUUUGCGAAGGC